UCACAGUGAAACACUGCGCUUCGCAUGAGCUGACAUCAUAGGGGGAGACAUGAGUUAGAGCAGAGCUUUACAAGGCAGGAUGCAACCGGAGAAGAAAGAGAGAUUUGACAUGAAAUAACGGUGGCACUUUACAUCAAAGCAAAAUUUGAAAUAAUUAACCUGCCGACAGUUCGGCGUGGUUUCCAUUUGAUCUGCAGCGAGGGCGCAGCUGAACGGCUGCUCAUCAUUCCCUGCCGCGCUCAGGGCUUUGCUCCUCGCACACAGCCAGCACACAUUGGGGCUCAGUGCUGCAGCCAGCGCUGCGCCGUGCUGCGUGCCCAGCCUGCGCCCGCGAGAAUGGAGCUGCGUUUGAGUCACGGCGACCUGAUUAAUGAGAAGUGGGUUACACAUGCUGAAGCGAGCGUACGUGUGCUGCCGUGUGCUAACUCAUUGAGCGCUUGUGCAGCUCCCUGCUGGCACCGCUGUACCCCGAGCCCUGAAAUGAGGGAGGGCUGCGUCCCUUGGGUCAGCUCUCCUGGCUACUCCUGAUGGGGAUGGAGGGAUGGAAGGAUGGAAGGAUGCUCUUCUUGCGUGCAGCCUUGGCUUUGGUGUCGCUUUGGUGUCUGUGCCAUCACCACGUGUGCAGCAGGAAGGGAGCAGAGCGUCCUGCGAUGCCAUUUGGGGUGGCAGGGAAGUGGCAGCAUCCCAUCCCAGUGCUGAGGGGGUGGAAGUGUCACUGGGUCGGACGUAGCCGGGCUGAUGAGUGUUGCUCCGCAGCUUGUCAGAGGGGUUGGUCGUGCUGCCCGCACUCUCCUGCUUUCUAACAUGCUCUGUGUCUGCCCGCAGGUCAGGUUGCCCGCUAGGAAGCCAUGCUUGGAUGUUGAUAGCCAUGUUCCACCUCGCCAUGGACCUUGCCAGCUGCGAGCCCGCCGGGACCCGUCUCUCUCCACGGUCGGCACAGCGGCACAGACUGCCCCGUGGUGUGCUGUGGAGCACGGGGGGCAGCGAGGAGCCCCGCCGCCCCAGCCCCCCCUGGCCCUGUGCCCCCCGUGCCCGCCGCCCACCCCCCGUCCCCCUGCCCCGCGCCCGGCGACAGCUGCGGGGCCGUGGCUUUGCUCCACGUGAUGGGCGGCCCACGGCUCUGCCCGAGGUCAUCGUCUGGGGCCCCACGGGUGAGGAGGACUCCCUGGAGAGCAGCACGCUGCCCAGCAUCUUCACCACCGCCGCCACCACCACCAUCACCACCACCACUGCCGCCACCACCGCCGCCACCACCGUUGCCACCGUGCCGACCCCCAGCAGCCCAGCUCCCACCCCUGGCAUCGAGGAGCCCCGUGGCCGUCCCAGCACCUCUGAGCCAGCUGCCGGCCACAGCAGUGGUGGAAAGGAUGCGCGUCCGCCCCGUGGCCUGGGGGACACAGCAGGUCUGGCAGUCCAUCAGAUCAUCACUAUUACCGUGUCCCUCAUCAUGGUCAUAGCUGCUCUGAUAACAACUCUUGUCUUAAAAAACUGCUGUGCGCAAAGCGGGGCGGCGCGGCGCAACGGCCACCAACGUAAAAUCACACAGCAGGAGGAGAGCUGCCAGAACCUGACCGACUUCACCCCCGCCCGCGUGCCCAGCAGCCUGGACAUCUUCACAGCCUACAACGAAACGCUGCAGUGCUCCCAUGAGUGUGUCAGGACGCCGGUGCCAGUGUACACGGAGGAGGCAUUGCACUCGCCUGGAGAUUACAAAGCAACCUUCAAUGGAAACAGACCCUCUUCUUCUGAUCGGCAUCUUAUUCCUGUGGCCUUUGUGUCUGAGAAAUGGUUUGAAAUCUCCUGCUGACUGGCCGAAGCCUGUUUUACUUCCUGGGCAGGGCAGACGCCGUCUGGCUGUUUCCUGGUAGGUACGGCUGCCCACAUCCCAGCAUGGUGGUUCCCGGUGGGAGGUGGCUGUGUGCUGGGGCUGGGGUGGGCACCAUUGGCUUUCUGUUCUGCUGUUGCGUUGUUUGGGGAUUGUUUUGAAUUUUUGUUAGCCAGCUUGGGUUGCUUUCACCUACUUGUUCCCAUGAAGGUGGCAAGAAAGCAAUUAGGCUUCACUGUGUGCUGCAUCACAGCAGGGCGGCCGUGCCAGUUCCAGCCCCACGCUCAGGUACAUUAACCCGUCAGUCCCAAGCCCCUGCUGCAAUGAAUCAUACAUUCAGUGUAAAUGAAACUUCCAGCCUCCCCUGGCUGCAUCUUGCUCGGAACAGCCCGUUAAACAUCAUGCUCAGCAACUGAACACAGCAAUAUAAUGAGAUUAGAAUGGAAAGGAAUAAAAAGUUAAUGGUCCCAGGCAGUGCGUGGCUGGGGCAGGGCACAGGGCUGAGCCCAGCCUUCUUGGAGGGCACUGCACCAACAGAGCCUGGGGAAGGGGCUCCAGGGAGAGCCUUGAGCCCUUAGCAUCCAAGUCAGUUUCUUAUACAGUGAGCAUCUUGAGCUCCUGAGAGAGGGAAUCUUCUGGGGUGUAGCCAGAGGGCUCUUAGUCCCCAUCUGUUAAUGUUCUCUCCUUGUUUCUCCAGUUCAGCUGUUGUGGCCACAGAGGCAAAGUGUGAAGUUGCCUAGCCAAAGAGCUUGUGUUGGUGAGCAGGGAUCAGCCCAGAGCAGGUCUGAGAGAUGUUCUGCAUUUCAGUGCACAUCAGAAAGCCAGCAGCCGUGGUGUGCUGUACCCUUUGCUUUGUAGGCUGUGAGAGCUGACCCUUGGCUUAAAAUGAUUUUAGAAAAAGCAAAACAGAAACCAGCCCAGUCCUACUGCACAGCUGUGGUGCCCGGAGGAGAGUGGCUGCUGCCUGCUGCAGGAAACCUGUGCAGUUCCCACUGCUGCUCGCCAGCGUCCUGUGCAGUUUGUGCCAAAGGCUGGGUCCCUGCUCAUUUCAAUGGAUUUCUUUAAAUAGUCCAAAGCUGCUCCAUUACGCUUUAUUAAAUCCUUGAAAUUCUCAUUGACCUGUUUUCCUGGAAUCCAUAAAAUUCAUAUCAAUGCGCUCCGGAAAAAUCUAUCCAAAUUUUACCCGGAGCAUUAGCCCUGUGAUAGCAUUUCAAUUAUUUAUAAAGUUCUGUUUGGUUUCAUUAAUAUUACCUAAAUGAGAUCAGUCCAAAACACGUCUCCUGCCCACACACACGUGCCUGCACCAGGGCAGCUCUGUAUGCAGGUGUUUGCCUGUGGGCUGUCCCCUCUGUGAAUGCUGUCUGGUUGCUGGGUUUUAGCCCCAGCAGCAGUGGAAGGAUGCACUGGAGCUUGUGGGUUAGCUGCAGCUCUCCCUUCCAGCCCAUUUCUUGCAGUGUGUGCAAGGGAUGGGCCUGAAGCAGCCCAUGAGCAGAGCACUGUGCAGUGCACAGGGAUUGGAAACUGCACCAUCCUUGGCACUGGGAGCACCUUCCCUUGGAAAGGCUCAGAGUACUUUGCAAGUAUUAAUUGAUGGCACUUCACGGCUCUUAGCUCUCUAAUAAGCAAAUUAGUGCUACCAAAUGUGUACAUGCAGAGCUCGAGGCGUGAGACGUGAUGUGACCAGGGACAAGGAUGGUGGGAGUGGAGAGGGGACAGGGAAACUUUGUGUAGAUGAACACUGUGAGGUUGGGCAUGAGAUCUGUGGGGGCUGUUCAGGUUGUGCUCAGUGUACGAGAGCUGAGCAUCUCUGCUCAGUUGGCAGCUCAGUCACUGAUGGGUGAGCUGGGCCACUUGGGUGGAAGGGACAGCACAGUGUAGGUAUAGGGUUGGCACGGUGUGGGUGUAGGGUUGGCAUAGUGUAGGUGUAGGGUUGGCAUAGUGUAAGUAUAGGAGUUGGCAUGGUGUAGGUGUGGGGUUGGCAUGGUGUAGGUGUAGGGUUGGUAUGGUGUAGGUGUAGGGUUGGCACAGUGUGGGUGUAGGGUUGGCACGGUGUAGGAAUAGGGGUUGGCAUGGUGUAGGUGUAGGGUUGGCACAGUGUAGGUAUAGGGGUUGGCACAGUGUAGGUAUAGGGGUUGGCAUGGUGUAGGUGUAGGGUUGGCACAGUGUGGGUGUAGGGUUGGCACGGUGUAGGUGUAGGGUUGGCACGGUGUAAGGGCAGUAUGGCACAGCCGGCUCCAGUCGCUGCAGGCAGCGCUGAGUUUUUGUAAGGCAAACUGGUGGAACUCAUCUGCUUACAUGGCAAGCAGAUGCUGAACUUAUUUCCUUAGAUCAGGUUCAUCCUCUGCCAACAUGAGCUGUUCCGUGUGACACCGGCGCGGUCCCCGCUGCAGCGCUGGCCCUAUGAAGAGCAGAGAGCUGUGCCCAUGGAGAACAGCUGCUGGAGUUUUCCAGCAGAUUUCACCCGCCUGCUGCCAAACCCCUCCGGAGCGCUCGCUUGUAGAUGAAUGUCACACCUCUGCAACAGGCAGCACAUCAGCUAUUUCUGCACUUCAAUAGCCGCCAUCCGUUCUCGCAGGCCGGCACAGCUGCAGCAGCGAUGUGGCCCCAGGCUGUUUGCUGUGCACAGUGAAGUGGUCAAUUACAGCAUUGGCACCGGGAGCUGAGUGAGGAGUCCUAGGGGUGCAUCUGCAGAGCCGCAGCCAGCAGGGCUGCUUUGUUGGGCUUCACACCGACCCCUGGGCUUCUGAAAUCAAGUUUGGUCUUUUGCAUUAUUCUUGUCCUUAAUCCCACUCCCUUUGACUGAAAAACCGCAUGGAAUGAGAUUAUACAAAAAUCUGUAAGGUUGAUCAAGCGCUGACCUACUUUGCACAAAGAGGCGAUGUGGAAUACAAUCCAAAUUGUACAUCCUGCAAGGCGUGCACUGAGUGGUCUUCAUCCAGAGCUGUGUGCACCUUCAGCGUCGGUGCUGGGGAAGUGGGCAUUUGAGAGUCUGAAAUCCUCUCGGCGUGUUGAUCCCACCCCAGCUUUUUUCACAAGGCAGCCCAAAUUGCUGGAAUUGUAUGGUAAUGCUGUGCUUUGUGCACUGCCAUGUCCUCGUUCUGCCUGACAACAGCAAAUGGUUUGUAUUAACAUUAACAGAUAAUGAGUCAUCGUAAAGAUCGGGGCUUGUCUUCUGAGG